UUAUUUCUUCCGUGUCUUCUUUUCUAUAUUAAACGUGAUAUUGUCAGAAAAUAUUGCGCUAAACUAGUGUUUAUACACGUCAUAAGAGUAAAGAAAAACAAAUAUAUUUGUAUAUAUGUUGUGAAAGGAAAAUUUACACAAUUUUUCCGGCAAUGCCAAAACAUCGUAAAAAUCGAAAUUGGAAAACACGUAAUCAAAUAGACGGUUUUCAAAUAGGUUAUUAUGAUAGUGAACCAUUUAAUUGUAGACAGAAGUUUGAUUAUUCUCAAUUCUAUAAUGAUCCAAUUCCUAAUUCAACUCCUAUGUCGUCUUGUGGAAACAAAGACUUGACUAAAUUUGAAAAAAACGUCGAAUUAAAAAUAACACCAGGAACUCCAGGAAGCAGUGAUGAAUUAAGGACAAUAAAAAGGGAAACCCUAUACAGAAACCCUGAAGUGCAAUCAUAUAUCCAUGAUAAUAGAUUCCUUAACUAUAAACUAAGUAAUUUAAGAAACAAUGUAAAGUAUUGGAAAAGAGAAGAAGGAGAAACUUCUGCAGAAGAGCCAGAGAAAGCGAAAUCAAGAAAAAAGCAUGAUAAAAGAAAAAAUGAAUUUGAAAAGAAAUUUAAUAAAAUGCUUGAGAAACCAGCUGAAAUAAGCAAGGGUAAAAGUAUGUUGGAAAAAAUGGGAUGGACAGGCGGUGGCCUCGGCAAAGAUGGAGCGGGUAUAUUGGAACCUAUUAUACCAAAGGCGACAUAUGCGACGAAAACGUUCGGCCUAGGUCACGUGACUGAGCCAGAACAAGUGGAAGUGCGCGAUGACGAUUUGGAAUUCAAUAACUAUUUCCGAACGAACGUGCUCUUAAAUAUAUUGGAUUUUAUAAAAAACGAUUUUGAAGUCGACUUACUGUUCGAUGUCGCGAUGUGGAGAUGUGAAAGGAAGCGGAUACAUAAUAUCGUUCAGGAAUUAGGGAAAUGUGCUAACGUUGAAGAAUUGGCGUAUGACAAUCCGAUUGAUACAGCCAUAGCCGGUGAUAUUAUAAGGCAGAAUAUGUAUUUGUUGAUUACGAAGAGCGCCGGGAAGGCCCCCAAUCGACAAUUAUGCUUGUACAAAGACGCGCCUUCGCAUAUAUAUCUAAUAGUACCCGACGAUUUGAAAGAUGUCGUAAUCGAAGCGAAGGGCAAAAAGAAAUACGUUCAAAUAAAAAAAAAAGAAACCGAAAUUGAAAAAUUUACAAAGCAAGUGAAAGCGCUUAAAGUUAAGAACGAUAAAAAUUUAAAACAGCUCAACUCCCAACAAGAAACCGACGCUGUUACGCCGAAGAGCAUUUUAGGUAAAUUGGUGGAUUAUUUCAAAGAGUUCUCGGGUAACAGGAAAUAUACGGAAUAUAGAUUGUUGGGUCCGUUCGAUAAUGAAGAAGUCGAAGCUAUAAAUGCUUUUACCGCGAUAUGUUUGAGACGAGACACCGCGAUAUGCGAAGAGAGAGACGAAUUGCUGGAGGCGCUGAAUAAUGCGCUUUUGGAAUUCGACGUUAAAGAAAAUCAGGGCGGUCGGCUUGUAAUUUACAAACGCGAAAGGACUCAUCAGUUACAACCACAAGAAAUUAUGUUUAUAUAAAUAUUAAUUGUAAAUUUUAUAUAGUAUUAAAUAUUUAACUGGUUACUACAAAGUAGAAUCUGGACUUCAGCCUACAUCAGUGAAAAAACAUGACUCUUUCGUGGACAGGCUGGGGAAGGCCAUCCAGACCAGCCAGCCUGCAGACAAUAACAUAAGACAUUUACUGGUGGUAGGGCUUUGUGCAAGCUCGUCUGGGUAGGUACCACCCACUCAUCAGAUAUUCUACCGCAAAACAGCAAUACUUGAUAUUGUUGUGUUCCGGUUUGAAGGGUGAGUGAGCCAGUGUAAUUACAGGCACAAGGGACAUAAAAUCUUAGUUCCCAAGGUUGGUGGCGCAUUGGCUAUAAGCGAUGGUUGACAUUUCUUACAAUGCCAAUGUCUAAGGGCGUUUGGUGACCACUUACCAUCAGGUGGCCCAUAUGCUCGUCCUCCUUCCUAUUCUAUAAAAAAAAAAAAUAAGGGAUGUUAUUACUAAGAGAUAUAACUGAAAAAAAAACACUAGAAAAUAAAUAAUUACAUAAGUAUUCAUAAUGUUAAUGUUUAUAGACCAUUGUUUAUAUAACAAAGCAUGUUACUACGUGUCCAAUUUAGCAUUAAUGUUAUUUAAAAUUAGGUUUAAAUUGUUAAAGCCGAGAUGGGCCCAGUGGUAAGAACGCGUGAAUCUUAACCGAUGAUCGUGGGCUUAAACCCGGGCGAGCACCGCUGAAUUUUCAUGUGCUUAUUAUUCAUCCCGUGCUUGACGGUGGAGAAAAACAUCGUGAUGAAAUCUGCACGUAUCUAAUUUUACUGAAAUUUGAAUUAAUUUUAUUGAAACCCGAAUUGGAGCAGCGCGGUGGAAUAAGCUCCAAACCUUCUCCUCGAAAAAGGUAGAGGAAGUCUUAGCCCAGCAGUGGGACAUUCACAGGCUGUUAAGAAGGUUUUAAUUGUCAAAUUUAUCUGUUUAUCUGUGGUAUAACGGCGAGGAAUAUUUUAUUGGUUGGCAUUGUGUUUAAGAUAUUCUAUCACCAGAGGUUUCUAAUACUUGAAGGGUGGAUAAUAAAUAAAAAGGAUUUAAAAAACUGCGA